AUGAACGACGACGACUACGAAGUGAACGAUAACUUUUGGAGUGAUUUCUGGCCGAACGAUUGCAGCCCCGAGGCCUUACAGCUAGCUUUGACCAUGAAGGAGUCUGGCAUCGCCAUCCGCCCAACACAGUAUGGCUUCGAGGUCAACCAGGAACCAGGCCGUCCACAUCCCAUCAUAGGCGACUCCCCGAAAUGCUGUCCAGAUUCUAAGCACUGGACCAUGGACGACGGUGACUGGGUCUGCGUUGGGUGUGGUGCGGUGUACGCGCAGAACUUUUUUCACGCACCCGCGCAACCAGCUUUGGCUCCACUACUUCCUCCUACUGACCUGGUGGUCAAUGGCAAUCUCGUUCUGCCGCCCAUGUCUUGCUGCCUGAAGCCUGACCCUCGUCGGGAAGAUGGAGAUGAGCGGACUCUGUGCGACCGUUGUGGCCAGGAAUACUUCGAUUAUAAAUAUGAUGAAGAGUUUCAGAAAGCGAUCGAAGCAGGCGAGGGAUUUGGUACUGGUGGGCCGACGUCUGGUGAGUCAGGGCAAUCGAUGGGUCAGCAAGCGGAGACUUACUGGAGGAACCAAGCCGAUUCAUACAUGUACGCUCUUCGUGACGCAGCAUAUUCGAACCACGCUCCUCUUUCGUCGGGAUCAGCUACUGGAUCGAGUGACUUCCAGGCAUCCACCGCCUUGACACGUCGUCGUCUACGGCCCACGCGUUCUGUAGACGAUAUUCUAGCAUUGGAAGACGAAGACGAUAAGAAUCUUGCGGCUUCUCUCUCUGUACCUUCCUUCAACCCAAUCCUUCCGCCAGCUCCACCAGUCAAUGAUCCCACCCCAGGACCUUCAAAGCCCAAGGCGAGACGCGCGAUUGAACCACCUCCUAUCACCUACAACGUUCCGGUGCGACCCCGUCGGCCUAGAUCUCGCGCGCCCACUCACUGCCUCACCUGUAUGGCAGAAAAGAGUAUCCGCAACAUGGACUGCAACCUCUGUCACCAGUGUCACUCCGAACGUCAUACCACCGGCAGGUGCAAGAUGUUGAAGCCCAAGUUCCACAAGUUCAUGGAACUUUCUGUUGAGCUACGUCAGCGCAUUUAUGCGCUCGCGCUCGAUACAGAUCGACCCAUCAGGCCUCAUCUGUGCGACUAUACCGGCGACCAGGUCGUUCAGUUCCACGACGACAAUGCAGAACAUCACUUCGCGACCAGCGAUCUCCUCGGUAUCACCCGCGUCAGCAAGCAGGUCCGCGAGGAGUCACUUCCCAUGUUCUACUCCACAAACACCUUCUCCAUCGGCUAUGAUACCUCGACUUAUUUCGACCGCCUCGCGUACCUGGGCCGCUUCCACAUGGUUCGCCACGUCCGGUUCCAAAUCGAUAACCGCAAGGAGUCCAUGUCUCCCAGCAUCCUGCGCCGCAUGAACCAGUACAUCAAGGAAGCAGACGUCUACGAGAAGCAGCUGACCGGCCCCGUUGGCCAGCAUAUCUCAUCGCUGAAGAAGCAUCCCCAGUACCUCUACGGCGGCUGCCCCGAACUCAACACGCUCAUCACACUCAUGAAACUCACCUCCCGCCUCGACAACCAGACCAAAAACCAGUACGAAGGAAAAGGCAAAGGCAAAGCCACCUCCGCCACCCCCACCCCACCCUUCCACUCCAAGCUCGUCGUCCCCGUCUCCUCCGUACCCAACUUCAUCGCCUACACCGCCUACAAAUGGUUCCCGCCCGUCAUGUACGGCCUCGGCAUCCAACUGCACUACGUCGACAACACUCCUUUUGCCUUUGUCGACGGCGGUACCGUCGGCAUUACGUGGGAACAGCGCUUGCAGAAGAAGGAUUUUGGCGAUAUCCCUGAUUACGUUGAUCCGGUUGAUAGUAGCGGGCAGACGGCGGCGUAUAAGAUGGCGCUUAGACUGGAUCCGGGGUUGGAGGGGAGGCAGAGGCCGAAGGCUUGGGCGUAUCUGAGGGAAACUUGUACGGGCGGGAAUUACGCGUGGUUUGAUUUGCCGACUGAGGGGGGUGGGGUUGGGUAUUAG